AUGAAGGCAGCCAGGUCCCAGUUUAUUGCUGUUCUCGAGUUCAGUGUCACAUCUCCCAUUCACAAUGGACAACACCAAGGGUCAGCUCCAAGGCAGAAGACCCCAAUCCAGGGCCUUCCGUGUGCAUCACCUCCAUCUCGUCCCCCAGAUGCCUGCCGGUGCCCAUGUUCCCACAGGUUGGCUCUGAAACUCAGUUGUGCUGGGAUCAUCCUUCUUCUCUUGACCAUGAUUGGACUGAGUGUUUUAGUGCGAGUCUUAAUACAAAAGCCAUCCAUAGAAAAAUGCAGAGAGUAUAUUCCAAGGAUCGCAGCUAGCUCAACAGAGAGUCCAGUUCAGCUAACGUGUCUCAAUGACUGGCUGCCACACCGAGAGAAAUGCAUACAGUUUUCUCGAGAGAUCGGUGUUUGGAAGGAUGGUCUAUCUAACUGUGCUAGAAAAGGAGCCACUUUCCUGCUCAUUCAGGAUCGAGAAGAACUGAGAUUCGUAAAGGACUUGAUAAAGGAAAAAGGCCAUUCAUUUUGGAUUGGACUAACUUACUCAUUGCCAGACAAGAACUGGAGAUGGAUAAAUGGCUCCACUUUAAGUUCUGAUGUACUGAACAUCAUAGGUUAUUUUAAACUAAACAGCUGUGUCACCGUCUCAAAGGACAAAGUGUUUUCUGAGAACUGUGAUUCAGAAAACAAGUGGAUCUGCCAGAAGGAACUAAAACGUCUCUGAAACCAGUUGUAACGACUCCUGACUGCGAAUCCUGUCUCGAUUACUUUAUCAUCCACACCGGAUCUCUGCACUCACUCUGUCUAGGCCAUUGGCCCAAACAGUGCACAGUUGGUGACACAAAGCAUGGACUCUAAAACCACUGUGACUCCUACAGAUGCCCAUGUUCUGUUUUUUUUUUUUUUUAUUCUGAAGAGAGGAUAGAGACACUGAUAUGCUGUUUCAGAGAAGCGCUCUGUGGACAGAAGCCCAUACAGCUUAGAAGCAUUGGGUUCUAAUCCUGGAGUCUGUGGCCCCCACUGUCUGUGUCUAAGGACAUUUGCAAACAGUUCAGAAGACCAUGUGCAAAAACAUUGUUAAAAGCUCUUAAUGCGGGGACUGAUGUCACAUGCCCCUUUGAAGAGCACUGGGAAGACUUAAGUCAGGAGGGUCGAGAGUUCAAGGCCAGCCUGGGUGUGGUGGAUUAAAUGAUAAAUGUCCUUCAUAGCCUUUGGCAUUUUAUCUCUUGGUUCCCAGUUGGUGGCGCUGUUUGGGAAGGUUUAUGAGUGCAGCCCUGCUGGAGGAAGUGUCCCU